CCCAACUGUGAGAAUCUUUUCUAGUCAAAAACUUUUCCGUGAUUAUCGGAACGGCAUUUGCAAGAGAUUCUUGUUUUGACAAAUACAAUGCUGGGGCUACAGAUGAUUUUUUUUAUGUGUGUGUGUGUGUGUGUGUGUGCUUUAUUGACUGUACAAAAUCAUUUUUUGUAGAGCGUUGCAUUUUGAAGGCGUUUCCUUGUGUAUGUGUUUUAUUCCCUUUUACUCGCAUGUUAUGCUCUAUGAGAGAGAGAGAGAGAGAGAGAGAGAACUGCAAGGAAAGCAGCUGAGUUUUAUAGUGUCGGUUGUUUCAAUUCCCCCUCACCCAGCAGCCUUUGAAACAACAACAACAACAAGUUGGAGAGGAGGGGGGCUAUUGUUUUGCAUAGAGUCGGAGAGAGAGAGACGCGUUUAGUCACCUACUUUUUGUUCUUGGGUCCCCCCCCACGUAGUCGGUUUUGGAGACUUGUGCUAGUAGCAUUUUGGGAACAUAUGCGCGAGUAAAGGGAGGGAGAGAGAGAGAGAUUCUGUUUUGGACUUUAGAGCUUUUUGAACUGCAAUUACGUUCCACUCUAGUUUUUUGUUCGUCCCGUUUUUUAUUUUCGAAUAGUGCAUUCGUGGCGCACCACUAGCCAUGUUUGCCGGCUUGCGCGGCUUGGGUCGCUUUGUCGGCGCAGGAACCGCAACUCCUCCCACAACAACAACAACACCAUCAACAACAGCAACAGCAACGACCGAAUUCGACCCAGAACCCAUUAAACGAUCCUCUUCUCAACCUUCCCUUCCCUCUCCAUCCUCCAUCAAACCCCCAACAUCCUCCCUCCCAACCCGCUCAAUGUCCGGUCUCCCGACUCCCUCCCCGUCACCCACCUCCCCCGUCGCAUCCACACUCCCAACCCCACCACCCAAACCCCCAUCCAUACCCACACCCACUCGAUCCGAGAAAAAGACGGGAAAGGAUGCAUGUCAUGUUACAGUCCGUGUGAGGCCUUUGACGGCGAGUGAGGAGGCUGUGAAUGGGGGAACGGUGUGGCAGGUGGAACCGAGUUUGGGACGGGUUGGGCUUUCUGAGGAAUUCGCAGAGCGGAAUCGGAAGGCGGUUGUCGAUUAUUUUUUUGAUGCCGUUCAGACUGGAAGCGACAAUAAAGAACUCUAUGAAGGCUCUGCACGGGCUGUUGUCCGUGCCUCCAUGGAAGGCAUCAAUGGCACCGUCUUUGCCUACGGACAAACAGCGUCUGGAAAAACGUAUAGUAUGAUGGGUGUGGAUGAGCAGCCCGGUGUGAUACCCCAAGCCGUGGACGAUAUUUUUGGGUAUAUUCGGGAGCAAAGUGGAGACCGAGAGUACUUGUUACGGGUUUCUUAUAUGGAGAUUUACAACGAAACAAUUCGAGACCUCUUGGCCCCCGACCAAGGCGAUCUACGCAUCCACGAAGAUCGCAAGCGCGGCGUCUUUGUCUCCCCACUCAAAGAAGAAAUCGUCACCUCUCCCAAACAGGUCAUGAGAAUCAUCAAAAAGGGGGAAGAAAAUCGACAUUUUGGUGCAACCGAUUAUAAUGAGCAUAGUAGUCGAUCUCAUACCAUAUUCCAAAUGGUGAUUGAAAGUCGAGAGCGGAGCCAAGCCUCACCUGGAACACCCCGCCGGACGGGGUCGGGCCGUGCAAAGGGCGCUGUGACGAUUUCACAAUUGAAUUUGAUUGAUUUGGCGGGAUCCGAAAAGGCCACGUCGGAUACAGAUCGAAGAAAGGAGGGGGCGUACAUUAACAAGUCAUUGUUGACGCUUGGGACAGUUAUUUCGAAAUUGACGGAUGAAAAGAAUACUGGACUCCACAUACCAUACCGAGACUCGAAAUUGACCCGCAUCCUCCAAUCCUCCCUGGCCGGUAACGCCCGCAUCUCAGUCAUUUGCACUAUAUCCCCCGCCUCUGCCAACAGCGAAGAAACCGUAAACACCCUCAAAUUCGCUGCUCGGGUCAAAAAAGUCACAAUCAAAGCCUCUGCGAACCGUAUUAUGGACGAAAAGGCCUUGAUACAGAAAUACCGAGAAGAAAUUGAGGAUUUGAAACAAAAGUUGACGGAAACGAAUUUGUUGUUGGAAAAGGAGCGGCAGCAGCAGCAAUCUGUUUCUCAGAUUGAUACGGAGAAACGAAAGUAUGAGGAGCAGUUGCAUGAAGGGCAAAUUGUCCGCACGGCACUCAAGGAACGUAUCGAUCACCUCACAAACCUCAUUCUCACAUCAAAAACCAUAACGUCCAAACAAUUGCUAGAUUGGAGUGCACCCGUUGAAGCAGGGUCCCAUCGCUCCUCUGUCAUGAUGGAAGACGGUCUCCUCCCCACCUCGGCCGGCCCGAACAAACGCAUGACCCGCCAUAUCAGCGACAAGGAAUUCCUAAAAAGACAUAUCCGCGAAAUCGACGAACGCGACGAAAAAAUCCGCCAACUCACCCUCCUCAUCGGUCAACUCAAAACCAGUCGAGACCCGUUUGUUGUCUCUCAGAUUUCAGAGUUUGAGCAAUCGGGAGGAACGAGUGUCCAGGAAUUUGGUGCGGUCUUUACCGAAUUGGAGAAUGUACGGCGUCAAAAAGAGGAAUUGGAAAGUGUUGUCCGGUCUCAAGAAGAUAAAUUGGAUGUAGUGGAAAAGAUGCGGAGAACGAGUACUUCCCAGGAAAUGGUGGACGACCUCAUAUCCGAAAACAAGGCCCUAAAAUCCACCCUCGCCUCUCUCCGUCUCGAAUACCGCACCCUCCAAUCCACCCACACAAACCUAACCUCCCAGCUCUCAACACCCACUUUUGAAUCCUCCAAAACGUACCAAGAAAUGACCGAAACAAUCACCUCCCAACGCACCCAAAUAACCCAACUCAUAACCGAAUCCAAAUCCCUCCGAAACACAGUCAAAUCCCUACGAGACUCUAUCCGCAUGCUCGAACUCUCCAACGACAUGUUUGUCCAAUCCGCGUCAAGAUUAAAUGACGAUUCACGAAGAACUUCGCAUCAUUCUGAUAAGAGUGGGAGUAGCACCGAGACGGAACGACGGGAUAUGGAGUUGGCUCUUGAAAGAGAACGGAAAUUACGGUUGGAGGAACAGCGGAUGGCUACUGAGCGGAUUGCGGGGUUGGAAGCGGAAUUGGCGAUUGCUAAAGCGGAAUUGGGUGUCGUGCAAAUGAUACCCGUCUUUAGUAAAUCCUAGAAAAUCCCCCUCUAGAUUACACACAAGUCCCCUCAUCUCUCUCUAACAAGUUUUCUCUUUUUAAUAUCGGGUACAUGGGCAUUGCUUUUAAAGUGUGUAUAUAGUUUUUUUGUUUGUUGUAUUGCUGGCAAGUUUUUUUCUAGAUUUUUUUGUUGUAUUGUCGGGGGUUUGGGAUAAAAAAUACAGAACUAUGAAUAUGAGCUAGAUGUUUAAAAAACCAAAUCUCGUACUCUAUUUUAUACAACUCGUAUCAAACGAAUAUAUUUCCCA